ACUCAAAGCUCUGGUGUCAACUGGAGGUCGCAGUGUGCAAGCAGCAUGUGACUGGCUGUUUUCCCACGUGGACGACCCGUUCCUGGACGACCCUCUGCCCAGAGAGUUUGUCCUCUACCUGCGACCCAGCGGACCUCUUCAGAACCAGCUCUCACACUUCUGGCAGCAGAGCCGAGUCACUUGUGGCAAAAACAAAGCCCACAACAUUUUCCCCCAUAUCACUCUCUGCCAGUUCUUUAUGUGUGCAGACCACAAAGUAGAAGCUCUGUGUGAGGCCCUCCAGGCCUCCGUACAGCAGUGGCGGGGUCGAUUUCCCAGCCCGCUGCCUCUAGAGCUCUACACGUCUUCUAACUUCAUCGGUCUAUUCGUAGAGGAGCAGGUGGCCGAUGUCCUUAAGCAGUUUGCAGCUGACUUUGCGACAGAAGCUGCCAGGAAGGCAGAAGUCCACGUGGAGCCUCACAAGAAGCAGCUCCAUGUAACUCUGGCCUACAACUUCCCCACCGAUCACCUCCCGUCACUGGAGAAACUGGCUAAGGGCAUCGAAGUCAAGCUGGGUUGUGAUUGGUUGGCUGUUCUAUUCUCCCGGGACAUUCGUUUCGCUAACCACGAGACCCUGCGGGUGAUGUACCCCUACAUGCCGCAGAACGAGGACGAGCUGGAGCUGGUUCCUGGGGAUUUUGUCUUCAUGUCUCCAGUGGAUCAGAGUAGCACCAGCGAGGGCUGGGUGUACGGGACCUCGCUGGCCACCGGGCUGUCCGGCCUGCUGCCUGAGAAUUACGUCAGCCUGGCCGAUGAGUCCGACACCUGGGUCUUCCAUGGCUCCCACUCAUUCUUCAGCUGUGGGCCCAGUGACAAGAGCAGUAAAGAGAGAGGGAUGUUUGAUGGCCUGCUGGACAGCCGACGCCCUGAUAACACCAGUCCUGGAGACACUCCCACCCUCAGCCUCAUCUGUCACCCAAUGCAGGUCCUGCGGAUCAGCGGUGGUCACUCUCGGCAGCCCAAGCGGACGCUUUUCGUCUGCCGGCACGGUGAGAGGAUGGAUGUGGUGUUUGGCAAACACUGGUUCUCCCUCUGCUCAGACAGUAAAGGCAGAUACAUACGCUCCAACCUGAACAUGCCUCCCAGUUUGCCUCUGUGGGGCGGGCAGAGAGACUAUGACAUGGAUGCUCCCAUCACUGUGUUUGGGUCCACACAGGCUCGACUAAUAGGUGAAGCCCUGUUAGAGAGCAACACCGUGCUAGACUUUGUGUACUGCUCUCCUUCUCUGCGCUGUGUUCAGACCGCACAGAACAUCCUGAAAGGUCUGCAGCAGGACGGCAAGCUGAAGGUGCGAGUGGAGCCGGGGCUUUUCGAAUGGACCAAGUGGGUAUCUGGGAACUCCCUGCCUGCAUGGAUACCUCCCACUGACCUGGCUGCUGCCCACUUCAGUGUGGACACAACUUACAGACCUCUGAUCCCAGUCAGCAAGCUCACUGUGUCUGAGUCCUACGAGAACUACAUGAGUCGGAGCUAUCAAGUGACCAAAGAUAUCCUGUCAGACUGCAAAAACACUGGAAACAACGUGCUGAUUGUAGCCCACGCUUCUUCCUUAGAGGCCUGCACACGCCAGCUGCAGGGCCGCAGCCCACAGAGCGCCAAGGACUUCAUCCAAGUUGUCCGAAAGAUCCCCUACCUGGGCUUCUGCUCCUGUGAGGAGCAGGGAGACACGGGGGUGUGGCAGCUGGUGGACCCUCCCAUCCUCCCCCUCACACAUGGACCAAACCACACCUUUGAUUGGAGAGAGACGCUCCUACAAGAAUGACACGAUCUGAACCCCUCAACCCUACAGACUGCAGUGACAUGUUUCAGACCGCUCCUCUUCCUCCCCCCCUCCCCUCCCAAAAAACAAAAAAAAAUCUGAGAACUUUCCUCUUUCCAGCCUCACUAGCAGCCGGCCGUUUUUCAGAGACGACUGAAGCUUCCUGCCUAAAGAUGAGGAGCUGAGUCCCAGCCAGGUGAACUGACUGCAUCCUUCCGUGAGCGGUUCAGCAAUGACUAACAAAUGUCCACACUCGAAUAUCAUCACGCUACUACUUUGUGCACAGGAGAGGUUAGCUUGGGCGGCAUGGCUGGGUCUUUGGUGUUCAGCUGGAUGAUGCUUAGAGGCUGUCAGUCUCAGGAAGUAUUGUGAAAUUAGCAUAAAGAUUCCAACACAAAUACCAUGAAUGUUUUACAUACAGCAUGAGAGGUGAUCAAAAAGUUCCAAGACCGUGCCUAGAAAAAUCAAUACUGAUUUAAAUUGGCCACCAUUCCCACCAGUGGAGUCUCCUCCUGCAUCGCCUGUAGCGCUCCCUAAAAGACCAACACCAUCUGUGAUUUCAAAACCUUUUCAACUUAAAUUUCAUUCUGGGGAAAGAGAAGGAAGUCACAGGGAGACAAACGUGGUGAGUAGGGUGGAUGUGGCCAAAGAAGCCUGUGUAUGAUCAGCGCACUGCGACCGGACAUGCAGCAGCAUGUCAUCACAGCACAGCUUAGAGCAUUUGUGCUGAAUGUUCUCCCUCAGACAGCUCAGGACGUUCCAGCAGAACUCUGUGUUGAAAGUCUGAGUCUGGGGGAUACAUUCCUGGUGCACGACCACAUGAAUGAAGAAAACGAUGAGCAUGCUCCUGACCUGGGAAAACUCACUGGUAGCUGCAGACAGUAAUGAUUCUCCACAUGAAGGUUCAAUCAUCCUGCUGCUGACUGACACAGAACAGGAUAUUUGGUCCAGUUUGCGUCCAUGGAGAAAACGCAGAUAUGUAACUAAGCAUGUGUAACACAGGUCCUGCUGUUGAUAGCACAAGGUCACACAGCCUCCUGCGUCAUAAGUCACACGUGUUACAUGUGACUGUGGUUCGCUCCAUAUACAGUCGUCCUCACAUGUAUUCAAAUCCUUCCAUGAAAGAAAAGGCAAAAUUUACAAUCUUCAAACACAAAG